GUGGCUUCCAAGUAUGAUAGUGGCAGUGAACUGGAGGUGAAAAACUGGAUCUACCAGCUCACGGGGGAGGAUAUCGGCACUGGAGUAUAUGAAGUGGAAAGGCGGCUCCGGAAUGGUCAAAUUCUCUUGAAAUUAGUUCAAGCGGUGUACGCAGGAACACCCAAUCUACCGCCAGCUGCCAGAAACAUCAAGUUGAAGGGCAACACCAGCCCUCUUCCUUUCAAACAGAUGGAGAACAUUGAGAUUUUCCUGAAAGCAGUGGAAGCUUAUGGCGUCCCUAGCAACAGCCUGUUCCCAACAGCUGACCUUUUUGAGGGCAGAAACAUGGCCAUGGUGAUAUCAACUAUCCUACAGCUGGGAACCGAGGCCCAGCGUCAUGGAUUCAACGGUCCUGUGUGUGGUCCGAGGCCUUCAGAGAAACACGUGGUGGAGUUCACACCUGAGCAACUUCGAGCAGGCCAGGGCAUCAUUGGGCUUCAGGCUGGUACAAACAAAUGUGCCUCACAGUCAGGUAUGAGCUUUGGUGCUGUCCGACACAUCGCUGACAUCCGUGCUGACGAUGCUAGCAGGGAGGGGCAGGGGGUCAUCGGCCUGCAGGCUGGGUCUAACAAAGGAGCAUCUCAAUCAGGGAUGUCGUUUGGAGCUGUCAGACAUAUUGCAGACAUCCGUUUAGAAGAUGCUAGCAGGGAAGGACAGGGAGUUAUUGGGCUGCAGGCUGGGUCUAACAAGGGAGCUUCGCAGUCAGGCAUGUCCUUUGGCGCCGUGAGACAUAUUGCGGACAUCCGCGCUGAUGAUGCCAGCAGGGAAGGGCAAGGAGUCAUCGGUCUACAGGCUGGAUCCAACAAGGGAGCAUCACAGAGCGGUAUGAGCUUCGGUGCCGUGAGACACAUAGCCGAUAUCAGAGCGGAUGAUGCUUCCCGAGAGGGACAAGGAGUCAUUGGUCUGCAGGCUGGUUCGAAUAAAGGCGCUUCUCAGACCGGGAUGAGCUUUGGUGCUGUAAGGCACAUAGCAGAUAUCCGAGCGGAUGAUGCUUCCCGGGAGGGACAGGGCGUCAUCGGCCUGCAGGCUGGGUCUAACAGGGGCGCUAGUCAGAAAGGUAUGACAAUGGGAGCUCAACGUCACAUCGCGGAUAUCAAGACAGACAACAUCACCCAGGCCUCGCACGCAACCAUCAACCUCCAGUAUGGAUCCAAUCAGGGGGCCAGUCAAGCUGGGUUUGGCCCAGGUCGCCGUGAUAUUGUCGGAAAUUAG